GUCGUUCUCCAGCAGUGACGCCACAGGAGAAGAGGAGGAGUCCUCACAGGGCCGGCGACGUGGAGAUACAGGUCGGCGGCGAAGCCAGCCGACGAGCCGCAGCCACGCCGGCGGUUAAUCCGCCGUCCCAUUCUCCUCCUUGAGGCGCCAUCAACGGUGACACCAGACCAACCUCGACGCUUGCUACCCUUCCUCCUCUUCCCAACUAAGGUCUGCCACCCACGCGCUCGCCGCCGUCACCUCUUACUCCAAGUAAGGCACGGACGCGAGCUCCUCUGCGUCCGCGUCUGAUUCUAACUCUGACUCUAACGCGCGACCGCGCGCGGUAGAAUUUCAGUUCAGGGAGUCCGAGGACGACUGGGAUUGCGCGCCAUAUUUUCCUUCUUCUGCCUUCCUUCUACUGCACGGGAUUGUUGAUCUAUAUGACCGGAUCAAGAGCAGCGGCGGCGGUACAGGAUUCGACCUCCGCAGGGCGAACAGAGCUGGAUUUGCUCCGCUGUACACAUGAUAAAUUAUUUAGGAAUAGCAGCAAUAAUAAUCAUCCGGCACCUACAGUCGGAUUAGGACCCCUCCCCUUCGGACUGGGAGGGGCUGCUGCUUGGAAUAAGAAGGUGCUAGCGCUGGGUCAUCAUCAGGGAGACAAUCGCCUCUAAUAAUCGUCCUCUGCGGUGCGGUCGCCUGAAAGAUUCAGUAAAGGAAUAAAAAGGAUCUGAAGGUGCACAGGCCAGAUCAUAGGAUUUCAACAUGGAUGCGGACAAUGAUAAUAACAGCUCCCAGAGCCACAGCCAACAACUAGAGGAACAAGAUAGGCUUAGCAGACUGACAGAUGAUAAUCACCCACUGCCCACCGAAAGAUUCGAAGGUGCAGAAGCCUCAUUUGAUUUCUCCUUGGAGGGGAAUAACGAUAGUAGCAGUUCCCAGUGCCAACAACUGGAGGGCGAAAAUAGGCUCAGCACGCUGACUGAUGAUAUUUUACUGUCUAUCUUGGGGAGAGUCAGUUUACAUAUGGCAGUAAGGACAGCCGUGCUUUCUACACGGUGGAGGCAUCUGCCUUGGUUGCUGCCUGAGCUCAGGAUCGAUGUCAAGGAUUUCCUAUCUGUUCCAUGCCCUGACCCUAUUCAGGCAAAUGAUAUGGAGAAAGCUAUGGUGUGUUUGACCAAUGCAACCAGGGUUUUUUUGGCUAAUCGGCAGAGAGAAUCAACCAUCUGUAGUUUGAACCUGAAGCUCUACUUGAUCAACACUUCCUUGUGCGAAGUUGGCGCACUUGUAAGUGACGCGAUCGAUAGUGGUCUCUUGAAAGAUUUUGAUCUCGCCGUUCUUGAUGAGACAGAACCUCAGAACUGUGGUGACAGGGAUAUGCUACAGCGUGCCAAAGAAAUAGAUGGUUUCUUCAGUGCCUACCCAAGUAUGCUCCACUGCCUCACGAGACUCUCUCUACACAAUUUAGGCUUUGACAAAUUGGACAUGCACCACGUCCUGUUUGACUGCUGCAAGCAACUGACACAUCUAAGCCUCUCUCAUUGUGAUACUGGUGUCUGGUCUCUGUUUAAGAUUGAUGCACCAAACUCAAAACUUCGUGUCCUAGAACUUGUCAAGUGUCGCUUUCAGAGACUGGAGGUGGUCUGCCUUCCGAAAUUGGAGAAGUUCUGCUGGAAUACUUGGGUAUCUCGAUGUGUCCCUUUAAAUUUUGGUUUUGUCCCAUCUCUUGGGGAAUUAGACCUCUCAAGCUGUGCAAUAUGCGAUCAACCUCCAUUUAAAUUAAGUGAGAUUCUACAUGGAACCUCAUGCAUACAUACUCUUACAGUGGAUUUCCAAGGAGAAAACCUCUGGAUGCAACCUGAAAUGAAGGAACUCUGCACAUAUCUCAACAAGAUAAAGAAGCUGCAUGUGCGUGGUAUAUAUGUUGAAUUUGACCUUUCGUGGACGGCAGCUUUUCUUGCGGCCGCACCUUGUGUCGAGAUGUUACAUAUUGAGGUAUGGGAUCAUUCGUGUGAUGGGGAUGACGAAAGUAGAGAGCUGCGUUCCUUCUCUAAAAGAAGGGCUCCUCAUUGGGAGAUGGAAUUCAACGACUCCAAGAACUGGCUGUUGAAAGAGCUAGAAUUUGUUGGGUUUAGAUCACUAGAACAACAGUUCACAUUUAUAAGGUUCAUGUUGGAGCGAUCUCCCAACUUGCAGAAGAUAAUUUUGAAAGGUGAUGAGGAGUGCGACAUGUGUCAAGCUCUUGAUGUACCAUCAAAAUUCCCCAAGAAGGAGGAGCAUGAAAUGGUUGUCAGGCGAAUUAGAGAUGGCAAUUUUUUGCCACAAGUAAUUUUUUGUGAAUAAUAAUGUGCUAAUUAUUGGUUUUUAAGGAGUAA